CACACGUUUUAACAUACUAAGAGAGUUACAAGAAGAACUUGAAACAAAAAUGGCUUCCAAGGCUUUGAUUCUGUUAGGUUUCUUCGCAGUUCUUUUCGUCGUCUCGGAAGUGGCUGCGGCAGCUGAGGCACAGUCCGGCAAGGUUAAGAGCGAGGAAGCAGCUGUGAAACCUGAUCAAUAUAAUGGUGGAGGUUACAACAAUGGAGGAGGCUACAACAACGGAGGAGGCUACAACAAUGGAGGAGGAGGCUACAACAACGGAGGAGGAGGUUACAACAACGGAGGAGGAGGAUACAAUAACGGAGGAGGAGGCUACAACAGAGGAGGAGGCUACAACAGAGGAGGAGGAUACAACCGCGGAGGAGGUGGAGGUUAUUGCGGCCAUGGAUGCUGCUUCAGAGGAUACAAUGGCUGCAGAAGGUGUUGCUCGUACGCUGGAGAAGCUGUUCAGACUCAGCCUGGUCACUAAAACAAUACAACGAUGCAUGAUUAAUGCAUUAUGUGUGUAUCACGUUAAGUAAAAACCAUGGUGCCUUUGUAAUGAAGUGUCUCAAGUGUUUGAGGCAACAUAGAUAAAAAAAAAACUAUGGGAAUAAAGUUUGAUAAUGUAAAAUGCUUAUGUGUUUUGAGUUGUAUUAUGUGAUGUUUCUUAAUAAAAAUGGUUUUGUAUACUUUUA